AUGAAGGCUUCGGUGGUGAGAUUGGUGGAAAACGCCGUAUUCGAGGCUGCUCCCAAGUCCCGGUACACUUCGAGACUGCUGGGGAAGUUCAACUUCAAGCCCAAGCCGACUCAGGGACUUAUCCACAACCCUCCUCAUGCCAUUCAGUCGCCGAUGAUGAAGACCCCCAAGGCAUUUUUGCCGGCUCUGGACCCGAGAAGACAAUUACCGACAAAGGAAUAUCUGUCAGAGGAGCUUGAGAACUACCCGUUGAUUCAUGGCCAUGCUGCUCCUAAGGAUCGGACCUAUACCGUCACUGACGAACUUGCGGCGGAAAUCGUCAAGUUGAGACGCGAAGCUCCGAAAGAAUGGACAGUAUCGAAACUUGCUCGCCACUUUUCUCUUCCGCAAAACGUAGUUAACGUUGUGUCAGGUACCUUGCCUACAAAACCGGAAAUUGAGCAGACUCCCACCAUGAUCGAACGCCAGAAGAGACGUUUGAUGUGGUUGAGAGGGGAAUUUUAA